ACUGAGCCAUGCCAUAGUAUAUGAUCAAUCAUACUAGCACUACACCCCGCAACCAUCAAACACCAUAAAAGACCAAGCAACCAACUGCCCUAAGAACAGGCAUACUAUAGAAUCACAGAAUGUUUAUCAUCCCAUCUUACAGACACAACAAUCCUAUAGGAUGCAUAACACCAUGUCUACAAGUCAUCCUCAUCCUCAUCCUCGCCAACCCGGCAAACACUCAACAAACAAUCCAGACAACAAUCAUGGUGACAGCAACGCCAACAUCACCACAUCCACCCUCUUAUACAUCACCUGAGGUAUUCAAAGACACAAUACUUUCGUCGAGCAAUAACUACCGGAAAGAGCAUAACGCAAGCGAUCUCGUCUGGAACGAGACAUUGACUCGGUAUGCGAAAGAUUGGGCCGAAGGCUGUAGAUGGAAACAUUCCCACGGCCCAUACGGCGAGAAUCUCGCCUUCGGAUACCAGAAUGCCUCAGCUGCGGUCUUCGCGUGGGGCGACGAACGACGUAUGUACGAUUUUAAGAAACCGACUGGGUUCAGCGAGGAGACGGGCCAUUUUACUCAGUUGGUUUGGAGGAGUACGACGGAUGUUGGAUGCGCGGCUAUUGACUGCGGGUACGGCAACGGGACUGAUGAUAAUGAGAAGCGCGGGGAUACGGGGUCCUAUACAAGGGCUCAGGGGUGGUAUGUCGUUUGCGAGUAUUCGCCGCCUGGGAAUGUGAUGGGGGCUAGUAGGGCUGCUGGUGGUGAGAAUGGGCUCUUUAGGGUGAAUGUGCAGCCGGCGAGUACCUAUUCCGGACCGUAUCCGACGGAUUCUGGAAGCCCUCCUACUAGUACAACUGGGGAGAGUGGUGCGGAUCGAAUGAUUGUGACUUGCGGGUGGAUUUGGGGCUGGGUUGGGGUAUUGAUUUCGAUGGUGAUGGGUUAGGUGAUGAUAUUUUUGUAUAGUCAAUGGAUGAUAUAGAAGAAUGGUUUCUUUGCAAACACCAACUGAUGAAAAUUUAUACAAGAACAUCUUACUUCGUUAGCCUUGCAUAUGCCGGCCUAUUGUGGUCAUCUCUCAUGCUACCAAUGUUGCGCACAUGACACUCCAGUUGGGAGAUACGCAAUA